AUGGAGAGAUACAAGUGUAGAUUUUGCUUCAAGAGCUUCAUCAAUGGAAGAGCUUUAGGUGGUCACAUGAGAUCUCACAUGCUUACUCUCUCCGCGAAACGUGAGCUUUACGAAUUAACUCUCGAAGAAGGAGAAGAAGAACGGCCGAGUCAACUCAGUGACGGCCAUACCGAGUCGGAUGAUGCUUCUUCUUCGUCUGAUGAAGAUCAUCAUCUCCAGAUGGUUGACAAUGGUGAUGAAAUGGAGUUUGAAGAAAGCGAAACCGAGUCGUCGAGGAUUAACUUAACUCGGAGACGGUCGAAGCGAACUCGGAAACUCGGAUCGUUCGAUUUCGACUAUAAGAAGCUGAGAACGAGCCAACCAGGUGAGUCAGUGACCGAGCCAGAGCAUCACAGCUCUGCUUCCGAUACAACGACGGAGGAAGAUCUCGCCUUUUGUCUCAUUAUGCUCUCCAGAGACAAAUGGAAGCAGCAGAAGAAGAACAAGACGAUGACAAAGCAAAAUGUAGAAGAUGAAGAAGAAGAGACAGAUCAUGAAUGUGGAGAUUACAAAUCGAGCAAGAACAGAGGAGGAGGAGGAGGAAGAGGGAGAUUCAAGUGCGAGACUUGUGGUAAAGUGUUUAAAUCGUAUCAAGCAUUAGGAGGACACAGAGCAAGUCACAAGAAGAACAAGACUUGCACAACAGUGACGGCGAAAACAGAGCAGGUAAAAACAGAGUACGCGGAGAAGAAAGUUCAUCAAUGUCCGAUCUGUUUUAGAGUUUUCGCUUCGGGGCAAGCACUUGGAGGUCAUAAGAGAUCUCACGGAAGCAGCAACGUCGGAAGAUUGUCUGUGAAUCGAAUUGAUAAAGAAGAAGAAGUAUCAGUGAAACAGAGGAUGAUAGAUCUUAAUCUUCCGGCACCUAACGAAGAAGAUGAAUUAUCAUCCUCUGUGGUGUUCGAUCAUGGUGAAUGGUGA